AUGUACAGAGGUUAGUUCAAAAUUAACGAUUUAAAGUAACUAAUUAUUCAAUACAGGUUUUUUUUAAAAAGGUUUGACAUAAUUUUGCUCACCACAUAAGUUUAGAUUCAAUCUUUGUACGAAGAUUUUAUUAAAAAAUUGGACGGUGGAAAUUUUUUGGCAUUCUGGAAUUCCCAGGGUAUCAAUUUCCCUUUUCUGAAUGCCUCUUUCGAAACGACUUUUUUUUUCGAAAAACCUUAGAUUUGUGCUUUUCAAACUUCUUCAACACUCGGGUUUCAGUCAUCGAUCGUAUUCUGAUAGCAGAUGGUCAGGCUUCAUCUCACAUCACCGGUCUCAACUUGUCGCGCGAACUAUGCAUCUGGAUUGAAUGGAUGGUGAGAAAUUUUCCAGUUUCACAAAAAGUUUCGGUUUUUCAGAUUCAUGGGUUUCCUUGGUUGGUCACCAGUUUUCUUUUACUUAUUGCAUCAUACGGCAGAAACUGGUCCGAAAAGGCUCAAUACGGUUUUUAUGGUCCUAAUUUUUAGGUUUGUAACUACUGAAAAAAAUAAAAAAAUUGGCAUUUAAAAAAAUAUCUGCUGAUUUUUUUCCGAGCAGAUAAUCGUUAACAUUAAACUGUGUAAAAAGAUUCCUAAAACUCUUAAGAGCUUGUUUGAUUGGAGUUCAAUACCCUAAUGAUCAGCUAAAAUCCAUGUUUUUUAAAAUCAAAAACACUUCCUUAAACAAAAACAUGACCUAGUAGUUCCCAGUUUAUUCCGAUGAACACAAAAAAUCCUGAUUUUAUUCAGAAACUGAAAUCACUUUUUCAGGGCUCUUGUUUGACAUAAUUUUCGUCGGAAUCAUCAAAGGCACAUUUCAACGCAGAAGGCCUGUGAAUCCGCAAGAUCAUGUAGGCUUUUGAAUUAUUGGUAUCAAAAUGCGAACACGAAAACGCGUUGGAGUCGGUGAACCAUUUUUUGAGUUUUUCCUUUUGUUUUCCUUCAAACUCUUGUAGAUUAACGUCAUUCACAAAUAUCAUUUUUUAGAAAGUAAUAUUGAACGUUAAGUUUCAAUCAAUUGAAAGCAAACAUUAUCUCAAAAAAACAUUCAAGAAAACUCUUUAUUAAAGCUAGCGAUAAAAAGACUAAACUUUAAAAAUUGGUUUUUUCCAGCUGCUCGAGUACACUUUUGAUAUUUUUUCCUUUCCAUCGGGUCACACAUCACGAGCUUUUAUGCUUGCCACAUUUCUGUGAGUUCCUUUCAAUUUUUGCGUGAUUUCUCAAUGUUUGACUUUCAGACACCAUUUUUCUCCGCCUUCGUUCUAUUUAUUGUGCUGGAUUCCAUUAGUCGUGGCUUUUUCUCGGGUUGCUCUUGGACGACAUUUUAUAACGGAUGUCGUCGCCGGUAUUGAAACUAUUUUCUUUGCAAAAUAAUUCCGGAUUUUUUGAGGUGUGGUUAUCGGAAUCGUGGAAGGAAAGCUGUUUCUACUGCUCCCGUUGUCGCUGAAUACGUGGUUCAAGGAAGUCCUGAAGUGAUAAUAUGAUGAAAUUCGAACUGAAACGUGUAUAUUUAUUUGAAUAAAUUUUAUAUGGCCCUUCACAUGUAUUUGGACUACUGCGUAACUUUCGCUGGAAUAUUUAAAUUUUCGAAUUAUUAAUGCAAUUUCCGCAAUUCGAAAAAUUGACGCAUUACUUGUUUGGAACAAUUCUGCAAAAUACCGAAAUUGGAUUUCAAUAGAAAAAUGAGUCAAUACUAAAAUCGGGCCCUACAACGAUAUAUUGUGACAAGUAAAUUAACAGUGACUUUUGGGUGUGAAUAUGAAAUUUUCGUUAAACAGCCAAAUAAAAGUUUGUAGUUUCAGCAUAAAGAUCACUACCUAAAAAGUCGGAUCAAAAUUUAUAGCGGCUCCUAAUUUUAAAUAUUUCAAAACAGAUAACGCGUCAAUUUUAAAAUCGCCACAAUUACUCUGAACAUGCCUGAAAAAAAUUUUUUUCAUAUUUUUUUAAUGUUUGAAAAAAAGACUGUUAUUUUUAUCUGGAUCAUUGAAUGUCUUUGGAAAGUGGGCCAAGUACUUUCAGAAAUAACCUAUAUUAAUUUUUCAUAGUUACAUCACCUUUUUUUCAAAGAAAAAAACUUUUUAAGGAAGUUUUUUUCCAAGUAUUUACAAAGAUUACUGAAACUGAAAGUUCCGAUCUCUGAGUAAAACAGAUUCAGAGGAUAUUUUUGAUAACUACAUAAAGUGUAGAGGUUGACAAUUGAAAUCUCAGAAGAAUUAACAAAUUCCAAAUACAAUGAAGUGAAGGUUUUCAAAAAAUAGAAAAAAAAAUGAAAAUGUUUUACGAUUUUUCAAAGUUUUCUUAUCUCGAAGUAAUUCGAACUUUUCAGGAAAUGAUUGAUCUAAUUGACAACCUGAUAAAAUCUAUGCUACCUGAAAAUUUCUUUCUAUGCGGUAUUUCCACACAUCCUGAUUUGUGUACUCGUCGCCACGCUCAUAAAUUUUGGUUAUCUCAAAUGGGCGCAUUAUCCUUCUCUUGAACGACUUGUAAGUUUUUGUUAUGAAUUGUCCAAAUAUUUUUGUGAAAAGCGGCCGGUAAAAGUGUUGAUUAAACGUUUGCACAUAGUAUUUUUUUGCGAAAAAAAUAUUUUUCUUUGAUACUUGAAAGAUGGCUGAGCUCAUUUUUUUAGAUCUUUUUUUGAGUUUCGAGAAAAAAACUUCAUCAAAAGUCGGCAAUUCACAAUUGAAAAAUUAAAAAAAUGCCACGAAAAUUUGAUAAAAAUAUUCCAGAUCAAAUCGAGGCCUACUUUUUCGAUUUUUCGAAGUUCGCACUCAUGAAAGAAAACUUCUCUAACAACUUCUUCGAGAAAUAUCUUACCGAGUUUGUUCUUAUUUAAAGUUGCAAUGAACUUUUUGUAUUUCAGUAAAAAAAUGUGAAAAAAACAGAGUUGAUGGACAACUGGAGACAGAGGCACUCAAAAAACAAUUGGAAAAGCUCUGCCAGGAAUACAUCUCUUAUGAUUUUCUGUACAAUGAGGUUACAUUUCUUUUUAUUUUUUUUCUGUUUAUAAUAAAGUUUGAAAACUUGACAAAAAGUGUUCCGGUUCAGCUGAGAUUAAAGUAACUUUUAAAUUUAGCUCAUUCGAAAAAAACUAGUUGUUUGUACAAUAAAAACUGCUAAUUCAAGGAAACUAUUUGCGGAAGGGCUUUGACAAUAUCGUGAAUUCAAGGUCAAACUCUUGGCUUCUACUCCUUACGAUCCAACGAAUGAAGAGCACCAAGAUCUUCUGGAAGAGCUCUGGGAUCACGCCUUCCCGGAAAAAAUUCUUAUGGACCUCAAGUGUGAAGAAUGGAAAGACAUUGGCUUCCAGGUGUUAAAACUUAAUCUCAUCUCAAGAUCAAAAGGGUAUUUUAGGGUUUUGACCCCAGUACUGACUUCAGAAGUGCUGGAAUACUUGCUGUCCACCAAUUGAACUACUUUGGAGCUAAUUAUGCAACGGAGUUCCAGGAAAUGAUUCAGUACUGCGACUCUCUCAAACGGUUCCCUAUGGCUUUGACAGGUUAUUUUUUUCAUAUAACUUCGAAACUUUGCCAGAAAAAAAUAGUAAAAAAACCAAAUCAUAACAAAGAACCCAAAAAAAUCUUGAAAAAACAGAUAUUCAUAACAAUGGUUCCCAGCAAUGAAAAAUCACAUUUUUUCUGAUCACCAAACUUUUUAAACGCUUCAAAUAAUUAAAUUGAAUGUAAUAAGGAAAAAUUUUUCACUGCAGUCACUUUUGAAAGAAUCUUUUAAGUUGGAAAUCCUCGUUUUGCAUCUGGAAACCAACCUUGUAAACUUUCAAAAAAAUACAGCUUUAACAAAUUAAAUCAUAACAAUUAAAAAAAUAUUUCAGCACAUUUUUUUCAGGCAUCCAUCUUUCUGUUUACGGCUUGGAGCUGCUCCGCGACAAUUUGCUGAAGCCACACUUCUUCAACAAUUCUGAAGGCGCCAUGCUCACAAUGAAGGAUUUCAACGAAGCCUACGGUAUCAAUCAGACACUUGCCAAGAACUAAAUGUAAUCUUGCAGUCCUCAUGUUCAAGCAAUUCAAACAGUGCUGGGAGUUCAAAAAGCCAGCAAACAUUAUGGAUUUCCGCCGCGUCUGGUUUCACUUCACCAAAACCCUUGAGAAAAAUUUGCCCGAAGAAGGAGGAUCUCUGAAAAAUGACUUUUUCAAAGAGAAACCCUCUUUCCGGUUUUUCUAUCUACUUUUUGAUACACCCAGUAUUCAAGAUCUCGAAACCUUCUCACAUAGUGAUUUUUGUACAUUACCUCAUUAAACUUACAUUCCUUCAUUCAUUCAAAAAAAUAUUUCUCCUUCUGAUGCAUAAUUCAAAAGCAUAAUCAACAGAAAACCGCCAAUGACCCGAUAACAUAAUCAUUUUUGACUUAAGGAUUUUCCAUAUGUUGCAAAGCAUGAAAACAGAGAAUCAUUUUGUUCAUAGUGUUUAUUCCUCAGUUUUCUAUUCGUGUAGAGUAAAAUAUUUUUUUCAUUUCUUUAUGACAUCUCCAAAAAAACCAAAAAAAAUCACUAUUAAACGUCAUUUCUACGAUUUUUCUGUUAGUUUUAUCCAACUUUAUUUGUUUUGCGUUAUCCUGUUUUUGAACGUACUGCUUUUUUUAUGAACAAUAAAGUUGAAAAAAAUUUAAUUUUUGAAAAAAAUAUUGUUUUUUUAUUCAACUCGUACCUCUAGUUUUUUUACUUAGCAAAAAUUAUGCCCAAACUCAUUAAUGUUUUUGCUUUAGCCUGUGAAAAGUUGAAAAUUUCUACUUUUAGAAAAAUUUUAAUUUGUGUCUACUUUGAAAGUAGUUUUUAAUACAUGUUACAAAGAUUCGAUAUCUUCUUUUUUUCAAUUUCCAAGCACCUAGUAUAAGACAUGAAACUUUGAGAUGGCCCUGGCGAGCUUGACUCCGGCGGCCGUUGCCGAAGAGGUUGAUCUACUUCGGCACUCGCCUGUCAGAUAUUUGGGUUCUUUUUUCGAAAGUUAUCAUGAGAAUAGGUAUAAACUUUUCAGGUUACGCAAACGAAGUCGGAGAAUCUUUCCGCGUAUUGAUCCGUCCGCUGUUUGUAAAACUGUCAUAUGGAAUCGCGUUUGGAUACGUUGGAGCUGACGCUAUUCACAAAGCUUUUAGAGAAAAUUCUGUAAGUUUUUAGAAAAAAAAAGUGUGGGAGAGAUUGUCAGAAGCUCAUCUUCAAAAACUGUCUUUUAAAGGAAUUAUCCAUGAAAAUCUUCAGUGCAUUACUAAAAAAAAUACAGAAACCAAUUCGGUGCAAAAAUUUGUGAAAAAAAAAACCGGAAAAAGUCAAAUUUACCAUAUCAAUUAUUCUUAAAUAACUUCAGAAGCCUCACCUCAACACCGAAACGCGAUUGAAAAGCGUCGGUAUCGCUUCUGGCGACACACUCCUUUGGCAGGUACUACAUCUUCUCGAUCGCCCAUCACUUUUUUCAGACUUUUGCUUCCGUCGCAAUCCCUGGAAUGGUCAUCAACAGAACUUGUCACCUUGCGAAUCUUCUUCUCGAAAAGUCAGUUGGCUUGAAUUUUAAUUAAUAAACAUUUUUCUAAUUUUUCUUCGACGCGGCUAUUUUAUUAAUGACAGUGUUUGGAUCUCCGAGCACACUUUAACAGAUUUUUUUGGGAAAACUUGAUUUUUGAACUUGUACAAAUGAUCUUCAACUAGUCAUCAUUUAGUCCUUUAAAACUCAAAAUGAACAAAAAGGCAAUUAAUGAACUUUAUUUUCCUCUCGAAACUUUUUGCGAAAAAUUUCCCGUUCGUUUUCAUUCCAGAUCCAAGAAGCUUCCUGCACCGGCUCGCAAAUGGACAGUGACUUUUAUUGGUCUUUCGACGAUCCCAUUUAUCGUUCAUCCCAUCGACAAACUUGUCGACGUUGCGAUGGACAAUUCUGUCAGGAAAAUCUACCGACCCGAAUAACUUGCGAAAUUUUGAAUAUUAGUUCUGAUUUAUUCCGAAUCGUGUUUAUCAUGUAACCAUUAUAGGAAUGAUCGUGUCAGUUUGUGCUAGUUUUCUAGAAUUUGAUUUGAAUUUUUUUAUAGUUUACUUUUCCCCUGUUCUUAAAAAUCUUAUAGGUUCAAAAAAAUAAUUUCUGUCGUUUUCAAGAAGUUUUUAAAAAGCAAUUGUAGAACUUGAAACUCUUUAUCAUAAAAAAAUAAGUGAGAAAAAUCAGUCUUCUAGCCAGCUCUACCGUUUUUUUAGCCGCAUCGAAAAACCACAGAAUCCUUGUUCAAACAAACUAUCCCUUCUUAUUAUGAAAUAUUCCUAUCGUAGCCAGCUUUAUCAAUAAGUUUUGAAUUUUUUCAUUGCAAUCUGAAUUGACACCGGUGCCAUUAUCUUCCGUUUGCCGGUUAUUUUUAGACAUUCAGGUAAUAAUAAAGCAUUUAGAAGUUGUUUUACUUGUUUUAAUUUGCUAAAAUACGAAACUUUUUGCUAGAAAAAGGAAGAAAAUUUUUCCACCUGACAAGCAAUUUUUCUUCGAGAUUUAUGUUCAGCACUCUGGAAAAACGAAGCGAAAUGGCCGAAUUGUGUGAAUCGCGACGUCGCACAACGGAAGAGGAGACGUCUUUGUCACGUUCCGCUUUUUUUUAUUGAAAUCUGCUGGAGCGCAAAAAAAAAUGCUCACGUUACGAAUAAAAAGAAGCAGAGGAACUUGAAAAAUCAAAGCCUUUUUUCAGAGACUCUCCUUCAGCCAGGAGUUCUGAAGAUUUAAUUUGUAAACGUGGAUAUUGAAAAAACUUUGAAGUUGCAACAAUUGGGCAAAUAAUUGCAAUAAAAUAAAAUCUAAAAUUUUUUUUUUGCUUUGAUUUUUAUGAAAUUUCACCUGAAAUUGAAUAUUUUACACAGUCUUGUUUUUUUAAUAAAAAAAUUUCCAUUUUGCAUGUCUUUAUUUAUCACAAAAAUUUGUAUUUUGAUAUUAUUUCGAAAAUUUGUUAGAUAGAUUGCAGAAUUUAAACAAACAACCGAUGAAUGCCUGUCUUUUAAAGCUCACAUGUGAAAAAAAGAAAUCAUUAAUUUUUUUCCUUCGAGAAUCUUCUUUUUCUCAAACGAUCGUGAAAAAUGGAACGAAAACUCUUUAUUGUAGAAUAAAAAAAUCUUGUCAAAAUCUUUAAGAGUAGUAUUUAAAUUUUUCUGAGCUCUCUUUGCCCCAAGAUUUGGCUCUUUCUGAAGUUCUCGUGAGCCGACUGUGCAAGGGAUUUUUUUUUUAAAACUCAGAAUUUUAUUGGAACAAAUACAGAAAAUAUUGAAGUUCAGAAAAACUUGGCUGCAAUUUUGCGUGUAUAAGACUAAAUUUUUUCAAGCUUCAGAAAUCCUAGAAAGCUGUUUGAGCUUAGACGCUUUCAAACUCUUUCCUGUGUUGUUUUGAAAACACAGGCUCCAGUUACUACGCUUUGUUCGACCCAAAUAACGAGAUCUUACGACAAAGCCAGAAACGCCGUUUUGGGGUGCAUUGAGAAGGAGAAAGUCUCAGUUUGAGCGCUAAUUAUCCCAAAAUGGGAAACAAGCCGCGGCUGUGUUGAGCCGAAAUCAACAAACAAGCGGUUGGGGCUCCGAACUCGACGCAUCCAUCAAAGGAGGCGACUUUUCCGGCCCUCCGCGCCUUCUCUUUUCCCCUCGGGCGGCGUCCUCAUUUCGCCUUGCUUAGUAUGUCGGCGCGAGCUGCGGCUCCACUACGUCGGAGCUCCACACCGACCACCACUACCACCAUAAUUUCUUUCCUUUUUUUUUCUUGUUCCCACGCUGCGCCUAUUCUCACUCUCCGCUUUUUUCUUCUUCUUCCGGCGAUCAUUUUUGCUUUUGGUUUAUGUUUCCAGGCUGUGAGAAGCUUCGAGCAUGAGAACUUCGUUUAGUGUAUAGGAAUAGCGCGGGGAAAGUUCCCAUUAGUAAAAAAAUGUUCGAGUCUUGGCAAGGAUCAGAUUACUCUACAAAGUUUUCAGAAAAGGGAAAUCAAUUUACAACAUCAAAAUUAAGCUCUACAUAUGAUCUUUUUACAGAGUCGAUACCUGGAUGAGAAAUUAAUCAGAAGCUUGAAGUUUGUGGACUAUUUUCAACUCGAAAGCGGAGUAUAAGGCAUUUUUGAGAUUUGAAUCCAGAAAAGUUACAAAGAGAGAAAGAAUAGAAAUCUAUUAUUCUGGAAGCAUCUAAAUCAUGAGACUUAUCAACUGAGCAGAAAGAACGAGUUUUAGGUUAUUUUUCAACUCAUAACCGCUUCAAUUAUUUAGCCAUAUCUAUUUUUUGGCUAUUUUUCAGAUACAAUAUUGAAUGCUAUUGGUCUCUCUCAAUAUUCGAGAGAAAUUAUAUUAUUACGGAAAUAAAUAUUCGAUGUUUGCAGAGAUUCUCGUUUUUCGCAUUUCAGUUGCCUUUUUUAUUUCGUAUAUCUCAACUUUUCCUUUUGUUCACAUCUAUUUUUCCCUUUCUUCAAUCAGUCAGAAUUUCAUUGGUUCAGCUUGUUUUUCACUAGAAAACAUGUGUUGUAGUUGUUUUGACAGCAGCCAUUAUUCCAUUCUUCGACGAAUUCGAAGCCCAUUCCUCGAUAGUCGAACACAAUCCGACAAUUUUCUCCUGCAGCUCACAAAAAGUUUGAAGCUAAUUACUGGGAGCCAAUUAUGUCGACGCGUUUUUUAUGCGUCGUUGGCGUCGACAGCAGCCGUCGGCGUUGCGUGACAAUUUCGAUUAAUGUUCUCAACGCUUCAACCCUGAAUAAUUCAUUAUUUCAUUGCUCCGUCGGCCGAUUGCCAACCCAACAAAAUUCAGCGCCGCUUUUCCUUUUGCUGCGCCUCGUUUCCUAGCCGCCUACUUUUUCAAUUUCGGGUUCGAGAGUGGAAGUUGGAUUUUUUUUUGCUGACGGGGGCUCACAGCAUUGAACUCAGAUGAACGCCGUAUUUUGUGAAAAAAAGUUCGAGAAAACCUUAGAAAUUUCAUACGAUGCAUGUGGGUGUCAUUAUAAAAUACAAAAUCAUACUCGCUUAAAAAUCUUUUCAAUUUUUUCUAAUUGCCCAGCACAACCGCGGAAAAUUGAGGUCUACAAGCCUUGAUGCAAAAAAACUUUUAAUUGCAGGAUUAUUGUGUAAUUUUUCUCAAAUUAAUUGUUCAGUUUCAUCAAAAGGCUCGAAAAUGUUGAACGGGAAAAAAAUAAUUCUUUUGCGCAAUUUUCGUUUACGAUUACUUUUUGUAUAAAUAACUUUAGGCCUUUGAAGAUUGUUUUUUUGAAAAAUUCAGAAACGCAAAAAAACAUUUUAUUUAAAAAACUUUCUCUUUUCAUAAUAUUCCAAAAUAAAGAAAUGAUUGUCUCAAAUAAAUUGACUUCAGAUUGGAGGCUGUUCACAAGUCUUUCUCAAGCACAUCGACGUCAGUUCUUCGGUUGUAGAUGUCACCAAAGUUGCUAGGGCAUGAGACCAAGCAGUGACAGGUGGCUCUGACGAGUCAGAAACCCGAGAGGCUUGGCGUCGGAGGCGAAAAGAAAAUACACGCUUCGCCUAUCCUCCCUCAGGGAAAAGGACCUCUUGGCAUCGAUUGUUCUCCACACUCCUGCACCGCUUGGCAUCGGUACCCCAUUAUUUUGGCUUCUUGUCCUACUCAAUUUUUUUCCAAUUUCUUUUUUUCUAAUUGGCUUUUUCUAUGUUUUGCAACUAAAAAAACUAAAAAAAAAUCGAAAAAAAGUAGAUUUUUGGUAAGCUUUGAAGACUUCAAUGAAUGAGGAUUUCAAAAAUAUAACUGGUUAUGAGGCAGAUUUUUCUGAAUACUCGCUUUGCAUCCGCCAAAUUUAAGAGCAUAAAUCAACAACAAACGUGACCAUUGUUGCAAAUGCUACUUCCUGCAGUGUUCAAUAAUUCCCCAUUAAUUACUCAAGAAAAAGAAGGAACUGGUAGGUCUGAAACUUGCUUUACUACUUUCAGAAGUCGGAAAAUCCCGUUAUAAGUUCGAAUAUUUGAGUCUUAGUCCUAUAUGGUAAAUUUAUUUUUGAAUUCAGUUAAAGGAGUUUAUAAGUUUUACAAAACGUGACCUUUAAUGUUUCUCAAAAUCAGUCUUAGUUUGAAAAGUCUUGUGUUGAAUUCUACACGAUUUUCUCUUAUUUUUCAGCUUCUCAGCUCACGUUUGUUUCAAUUUCCUCCAAAUUACUUCGCCAUUUUCAAAUUUUAUCUCGACCUGUUUUGAAAAGGAAACAGUUCAAAUUUUAGCUGAGUUCUAGAUUUAUUUAAGUUUUCCUACUUAGAACUUAGAACUUGAAACCUCAGAAAGAACCUGAUUCAUGCAAAAAGAGUUGGAGCAAAAGCAAGGAAUUUGAGAUAAUUAGUACUUUCUCGAGUUCUCAAGUAUCCCUAUGUAAUCGUCGGUUUUGUUUUACGCUCCCGUCGGGUCUUGAAUUGCAAUAAAAACCGGCUGCUCUAACGAAUAGUGUAGAAAUUUGAGUGACACCUAAUUUUGGUUUGUCAGAACGCAGAAUCAUAUUGCGCCCAUCGGAACGUCUUCUGAGGAAGAUGGACGCGAGAUGUGAAAUACGACGGCAUCGAGGAGCCGUUGUAUAUCGAUGUGCGGUUGAAAUUCCUUGUCUGAAUUUCUGCUCAAUCUCUUCUAUUAUUCAACGAGAGAAAUUCUUCCGCUUCUAAAUGGAUGUUUACACGAUUUGAUUUAUUCGAUUUCCCCUUCUUUUCUCCUUUUUGUCUUUACUUAAUGAACUUAAUUGAUGAGAUCUGCAGGCCAAUAUAUUUGCUUUGCCGUAGUUUUCGCAAUGAAAGCAAAAAUUUCUGCCGUGAUUCGAAGCUUUUGAAAGCUGAAAAAUUUCAGGCGCAUAAAAUCUCGUUUUCAAAAUUACACUGCAGCUGUUGAUGCUCAUUGAGUGUAUAAAAACAGUGUUUCGUCGGAGAGUCUAUUUCAAAGAGAUGAAGAAGCAAAAAUAUAAUUCUUUUUCCGAUCCAUCCAACUUCUAAAAAAAUCAGCGAAAUUCAAAAAUUUUCACAAAAUGUAAAUUCUUGGAGUUUUUUUGAGUUUUUUUGUGAUCUUAAUUACUUGAGGUUACGACUUACUUACUACAAAACUUUCACGCAUUUUUGAACUUGAAGAAAAGUUAUUCGAAUCAAACUGAAAAAUUCCCAUAGAAAGUAAUUUUGCUCGAAGAACAAAUGGACAAAUUUCUCUCUUGAAAACCCGAAAUCCAACGUGAUUGACUAAACGACCAGAACUCUAAGCACUUGAACGAGUCGGCUAACAACUUCCCGUUCUUUGCCAAAAUCGGUUUAGCCAGACCGGCUUGCUCAAUUAGAGCGUAAUACUACUGGCAAGGUCCCUCUUCCACAACCGUCUCUGUUUGAGAUUUCCUGACACAGAACUGAGGGAUGCCCAGAGUGAGAGCCAAAGUUUAAUUAGGUCAGUGCAACACUGGCCGUCAGCUUGAGGACGACAAGACGAAGGAAAGGAGCUAGUAGUUUUGCGGUGUGUGACACGCGCCUAGGGCCGUCCGUGCAUAAAUUCAGAGGCUGGCAAGAGAGCGUUGCGCCGCCUAUUGAAUUACUCUAGUCCAGGCCUCGGUGGCCAUCCAACUAUCGACCUCCGCCUUUAUCUUCCCUUCAACUUCGGCCCUCUGUCUUUUUUGCUUCGAGUUUUCAGCUUAAGUCCUCCUCAGAUUCCUGUCGGAGCUGUCCUUUCACCGCUGAUUGGUCAGGUGCCGCACAAGGUAUGGCUUCUCCUUGACUACUGUAAACUCCGAACUCUUUUCUCUGCAAAAUUUAGAUCAAUCGUCUUUUGCAAUCUAUAAUUUGCUUGUAUUGAAAACAUGUUUUUUGCUAUUUGGUUGACUUCCACACAUUUUUGAAUGAUUUUUAAUAAUGAGACUAUUAUUUAAAAUAAACAGAUCUAAGUUCAAAGUGACUCUCAGAAAGUAACUUCCCUAGAUUUUUUCAACUUAAAUCUCUGAAGUUUUUUUGAAUAAUCGUAAAAUUUCUUUUUGUUUUGUUUUCUAGUCUGUAGUUUAAUUUUCAAUACUCUUUUGAAUUGCCUGGUUUCCAGUUUUCGUCGUCCUUUUUUCCGUGAAUAAUUCAAUUUUUUUCGUGGAAUAUUUGUUAAUUUUUUUCAAAAUAAUUUCAGGCACGAUGUCCAGUAAGGAACGUGCCGAACCGCAAUGGGUGGCCCCUUCAACGACUCAGGUAUCGCCGCAAGUGCGUGUUUCACUCACCUUUUCCGUCUCUAAUCACUGUGUGUUGUAUCAAAAACGGGUUCGAGCUGGAUUGUUCCGGAAAAAAUGCGUUCUUAAAAUCCGAAAAGUUAAGAAAAUUAAACUUCAAUUUAGUAAGAAGAGCCCCUCAACGUACACUUUUAAAAGUUCUUAUUAGUAAUAUUGAGUAUUGUCCAAUAUACAUUGAAGGAUCCUGGGGUCUCAACUUGCACAUUUUCUUAUUUUUAAAACAUGUGCUCCAAGGAUAUUAAUAUUUUGGGUAACUAUCAAUUUCAUGCGUUAAAUGGGACAACAGUUACAGUCAUGAAAUAGUUGAUAUAUUGUCAUAACAGUUUCUAACUGCGUUUUUCAACUUCAAGAAAAGAUGUUAGAAAUUGAGGAGUUUCAUUGUAAAUGUUUUUUUACUUUGAAAGCUCUUCUUAAAAAUAAACUAAUUAUAUCGAUCGACCAAGUUUCAGCAUAUUGAUGAGAACCCAAAAAAUCAUAAAUUUAAAUAAAAAACUGGAGUGUCGCACUAACUGUAGCUUUAUUCGAAGUUCAUCAAGUGAAGUUUAUAAUUGAAAAUAAUGAAGAACGUCAUUAUUCCAACAACAGUACGAACACGGUUCUCAUGUCUGCGUCCUAUGUGUGCUAGUUCCAUCGGUUUUUCUGAGAAGAAUAAUGAAAAACAAAAUCGUUUUUCGGCGUCUUCCCACUCAUUUUUAAUUGAGACCAGCACCAAAAUAGAGCUCAAACUGGUGAAAACAACAAAAGCAGCCGCGGUCCCAAAGGACCAGUUAGUGAAGUUUCCGUAGUCUGGAAAAAAAUACACUUUAGAAAAACUUUUUCCAAAAAAAAUAUUGACGCGGCUUUUUUUUGUUGUUUUUCAAUUUUUUGAAUUAUUAACCGAUUUUUGAGUUUGUUAACAUCACUAACAAAAACUGAGUUGUCAUUAUUUUAAGUUUAGAAAACUGCUCGGAUUUGAGGAUUACUGUAUGAGUUGAAAGUGCAGCAACCACUGUGUUGAAUGUCGUGUCACAAACGGAAAUGCACUUUAUUCUUUGUAUAGGCACACACGUAGACGCACACACUAACAACUCGAGAAUGGCUGAGCAGCUGAAAAAUUGAGAUUUGCAGGACGUUCCGCCGGAUUAUGAAACGAUCGGAACGAUAUUCGGCUAUGCUCUUCAGGCGCUUUCUUGGCUUCUCAUUAUUCUCACUUUCCCCUUCUCUAUGUGUGUUUGUCUUAAGGUGAGUUGCGAUGGAAUAUGAUUAACAGAAUUUUAAAAGAAUAGUAGAAAGAUGGAAAAUCCCUGCAUGAAUAAGUGGAAUUCUUGUACAGCUGGAAAAAAAAACUGCCAGUUUGGAUUCUUAGAAAUUAUUUUAAGUCUGAUUUUUUUUUCCUUUUCCGACGACUGUUUUUCAGGUGCAGAUUUUUUUCCAAAUCGAGUCAUUACUUUUUAUCUUUGCCUUUUUCAAAUUAUAACUAAGGAAAUGGAAACGGCUUUUCAGCUGUUUUUCCGCAAUUUGAAAAAAACCAUCACUGCUCUUAUUAUUUUUUUGAAACAAACAAUUUUUUAAAUCAUGAAAAUUUGUCUGGAAAAUUGUUUCACCUCUUCAAAUGUUGCAAAUGGCAAAAUUGUGACAAAAAAACGAUUCAUUUUCAAAGGUCGUAAAUAUUAAUUACCAUCUUCUCCAAAUCAUUCCACAUGUCGUCUUGAACAAAAUAUCAGAACAACGGAAAAAGAAACUUUCCAUUUACUACGAUUAAUUUGAAGUUCAUUCAAAACAAAAAUUUUUUCAGUUUUUUUGGCGAGAUAUCUUCAAGGCCUUUUUGUUGAUGAAAAAAAAAAACACUUUCCUUCAUGAGACCACCUUUUAUCUGAAGGCUUUCCUGACUUUUUCUAUAGGCUAGUUGGAGAUCAACAACCGUUGACUUCCGAACGGAAAUAGCAAACCUAGACUAUGCGAAAAAUCGCCCAGCCGCCUAUUAUUUGAUCCACAUUCAUUAAUUUCCGGAGACUCAACUCGGCGACCUGAUAAAUUAUUACAGAGCCUUCCCAUCCGGAUCUCAAAGUAAAGUAAAAAAGCAGUUGAGCGGAACGUUUUGAGACGGGAAAGUGUUUGAAUUGAAACAGUCUCUCUAUGUUUUAUGUUUUGAAAGUUUUCGUAUCUGUUGAAAUACAACUAAAUACAGCCGAAGAAAGAAGUCUGAAAAAGGAUUAUUUUGGACAAUCAAAAAACUUCCAGCUCUGUGAAGCACAAAAAAACAGCCCUAAUUGGACGAACAAAUAAAACGUUUUUUAUUUUACUUCAUUUUAACUUUAAGCUCAAGAAGUGUUAAUUAACAGGUUAUCAAAGAAUACGAGCGAGUAGUAAUCUUCCGAAUCGGUCGACUGGUAUUUGGCGGCGCCCGAGGCCCCGGCAUGAUCUUCAUUAUUCCUUGCAUCGAUACUUACCGCAAAAUUGAUCUCCGGUCCGUUCGACAAAUUGAACGAAUCGAAAAGAAUCUUUCAGUGUCGUGUCAUACGCUGUUCCUCCACAAGAAAUCUUGUCAAAAGACUCAGUGACGGUUUCCGUCGACGCCGUCGUUUACUUCCGAACGUCUGAUCCGAUUGCUUCUGUUAACAAUGUUGACGACGCCAUUUACUCAACCAAGUUGCUGGCUCAAACCACUCUCAGGAAUGCUUUAGGUAAGGUUUGGACGUAUGAAAGCCAAAAAAAAAAACAUAUCCCAUUUUUUUUUCACUUGAUAUGACCAUGGGAAGAUCAGUUUUGAAAAAUUUCACAAUAAAAACGUAAGAAAGUUCAAAUUUUUAGUCAGUAGCAGAAAAACAAAAUUUCGGGUAAAAUGAAAAAAAUUUUUCAAUUUCUAUUAGAAAUAAAAAAAGUUGUGAUGAAGCAGUGAUAAAAAGUUUUGUUGAUCAAAAAGGAAAAAAAAUUAAAAAAAUUUGCUGAGAUGUACGAUCUCAAAUUUUUUUAUUUUUAUUUUUUUCUACUUAAGUUAAAUUUUUUGACAAAUUUUUUUGAACUCACUGGAUUUACGAACUUUCCAGGUAUGAAAACUUUGACUGAAAUGUUAACGGAACGUGAAGCGAUCGCUCAGCUCUGCGAGACGAUUCUUGACGAAGGAACGGAGCAUUGGGGCGUCAAGGUGAGGAUUCCAUUUGGUAGAGCUCAAAAUUUCCAUUUCAUAUUCCGUUCUCUAUUCCGUAAGUUUUUCCAGUGUAAUUGCAAAAUUUUUAGCUAUAACAUUUAAUAUAAGACCGUUAAGAGGCUUCUCGGAACAAAUUUAAUUUUGCAAGCUCAUUGGUCUACUGCAACAUCUGCUCUUUCUUGAUUGAAAUUCCUGUACUUUUUUCAGGUGGAACGAGUGGAAGUGAAGGACAUCCGCUUGCCGCAGCAGUUGACGAGGGCCAUGGCUGCCGAGGCCGAGGCAGCUCGUGAGGCUCGCGCCAAAGUCGUCGCCGCCGAGGGAGAACAGAAGGUACGAAGGUCCCAUUCGUCGAGGCAAUUAGGCUUGCCGAAGCCAUUGUGUUUCCUCAAAAACGCGACCUUUUUCUCGUGCAGCUUCAAAAGAAGGGAAAAGUUUUCUCCGUUUGUGACAAGUACUUUUUGAAUGGCCCUCAGUGGGUCAGAACAUCACUACGCUACGUUGGAGCACAAAAAUAGCAACUACGCUAGAAUGAACCAGUCUUGGGAACGAGAAAAAUGGGAAUGAAAAUCUCUGUAGCUGCGAAAAUUACACGAAAAAACUUCUUUUGCUUUUUGAGCUCCAGUUUGACUCAUUGGAAAACUUUUUGAGCCUUGAAAUUCCAGAAAAAUAAUUUAAGUUCCCCGAUUCCAAAGCAGAUCAGUUUGCUUGAAGGUCUUAGCAGAAUGAAAAUCAAUCAUUCAAAAAUAAUCGUAGAUCUUUUGGCUGUGCUUUUCCGAUCGAUUCUAUAGCUUUUAUUUUUCAUGCACGCCAAUAAAAGGACUUUUGAUAAUUGGUCUAGGUGAUGGAAAAUGUUGAAAACUAUUACGGGAGAAAAUAUCUUUAAAAUGCCUAUAGUUUUGUGAGAAAUUUAGUAAACCAUGAAACUUAUAGGCCUCAAGAGCUCUGAAAGAAGCCGCCGACGUGAUCCAAGCGAACCCAGUGGCGCUUCAGCUGCGGCAUCUCCAGGCACUCAACAGCAUUGCGUAAGUAUUCUCGGCGAUUACCAUCUGCUCCCUCAGGAGCCACUAUUUCUUCCUCUUCCAAACCCAUCCUCUCCACUUUUGAUCUCAUCUUGGAACGAGCCAACCAAAAGGAAAAUAUUUGCUCAUAAAACGAACCACAGCUUUUACACUUUCCUGAGAAUUAAUGGGACUUGCAAAAGCAGUAAUGCAUUGAAAGUGCAGUCGAAGAAAGGAAAAUAAUGGGUUCUGACAGAAGAUAAAUGAUACUUAAAACGAGGAUCAGUCUCUUUCAACCGAAAUAACCGAUUUUUUUUCGCAUUCAUGAAUCUUUGGAUUCUCGGCUCAAUUCAAGUUUUAUGAUGUAAGACAGUUUUCAGUUCUGAGAAAAUCUUUACAAACUUUCUCUACCAAAAAAUGUUUUCAUGAUUUCACUGUCAUCCCGACGCAGCAAAAAUGUUGAUUUUUUGCCGUUUUGGAUGGCUCAAAAGUUUAUUAGAAGUGAUCGCAGAUUUGAUUGAUUCUUCAUCAAACUAGGGGCUCAACAGCUGCUAGGAAAUUGCUUUCAAAGAAUGUAAAAAUUAAAAAAUUAAUUGAAGGGACAAAAAAGUUUUUGGUUUCUUUGAAAAGAUCUUAAAAGAGAACCAAAAACUCUAUUUCCUCAAUUUUCUGCCCUUCUCUUUGCCGAAACUUCUUCAUUUCUCCGUUUCAGCGCAGAGCACAACUCGACGAUCGUAUUUCCGGUACCGGUGGAGAUGUUUGGCGCGUUCAUGAAGAAAGACCAGUGA